AUGCGUCCGGAGCACGCAUGCUAUAAGUUACGCGAGGCCGCGACGGAGGUUUCGGGCGACGUAGUAACGUUAAGUACGGGCGCGUCGCAAAACAAACAAAAGCGUAAGGGGAGUGGUGUGUUCGUUCGUCGGUGUGGGUGUGCGUUAGAAUAUGGUGGUCUCGGUGCGUGGCGCCGGCGCGGCGUCGUCGUCGAUGUACGCGAUGUCCUGGAGGGGCGCGCGCAGCCGCGAGCGGAGCCCGGCGGCCGAGUGGGCCGACAGGCGCUCCUCCAGGUCUUCCAGCGUCGACUUGAACGCGCGCACCACGCGCAGCUGCAAGCAACACAACCCGUGACGCCCGCUACCCCCUACACCUACACCCUCGCCUACAGACCGAGCCACCGAUACGACCUACGAGUGUGGUGUGGAUUGACUCUGUACGGACCGUCGGACGGAGUGCGCGACCGCUCUAGUGUACGUGAGCCGCGGAGUACGGGCGGAUCACCGGUGCCUGGUGGCCAUGCACACAGCUAA